AUGAGCGACGUCGCAGUGUCGGCAUUUGCUGCUUCGUGGCAGGCCCUCACGCACCCGGUCAUGCCCUCCGUGGAUCUCGCGGAGGUCGACCGCGGCCACUCAGCUUCAGCCAUAAACCACGUCCUUUUGCACUCUCGGUGCCAGCCGGGCGUGUUUUCGGCACUGAGAUCGGCGGAUUUCGGUGGAGAAGGAAAGUGGAAACGCCAGUGCCCGAAGAGUGCGUACAUCGGCAAUGGUUCAUGUGCCGACGUUGUCUUACGAGAUGAUUUGAAUCAGGUGCGCUUCGUGAAGGGGGAGGACGCAGGCGAUCCGGCCGUUGAGCUGGAAAAGCUUCAGCGGCAGCUGCAGGCCACUUUCCAGGCAGAGAAAUCUGCAGAAGUCUCAUCACCGUGUCUGAAGAGGCGUUCAUUCUCGUCAUUGUCAACUUGCGCCACCGUCAUCAGAUCCCUUUCAGCUUCGGGGAGUGAGAAAGGCAUCCCUACAAAGCUGCAUCGGGCCAGCAGUGGGAAGCUUCCGAAGGGCCAAGCGAAGCAGAGCGAAAGGAAGGAGAAGGAGAAGGACGGUCCUUCUUCGUCUCAGCGCCAGCGCCAAGUGGCCAGGGAGGCGAAGGCUUCCUGCGGCGAUGAAGUCCAACGGCUUUCGCAAGCCAGGGUUCCCAAAGCUGCCUGCAGAGGACCUCCGGCCUCUGCGAGGAUGUCUCAGAGAGAACCAGUCCGGGUGGCUUCCGAGCCUUGGCGGGAGACGAAGAGCGUGAGUCCUACAAGGACGCCCUGCGCGCCUGCGCGACCAAGGCCUCGGUGUUCGCCCUGCCCAGGUCCGCGGAGUGCGCAGUCCGUGAACUGGCUGCCUGGAAGACGCCAGGUUGGUGCCCCCAUUGAUCUCCCGAGACAGUCUGUGCGAACUCGCCUGCAAGGGCGAAUGGCGACGACAUCAUCACACAGAGGUACUGCCGGAGCUUGGAGCCCGGAGAAGGUUGCGCGCUCCUCGGAUAGGCAGAGUAUUUCCUCGAUGCAAAGCAACAGCGGCACGAGCAGCUCGGCAGUGGGCGGGGAGCUCGUAACUCCUGGUUGGGAGCGCACUGUGGGUCUUUGGCUGGCGGGGACCUGCGGCAUGCUUUACUCCAUGAUUGCCAUUGGAGGAUACACACGACUAUCCGGAAGUGGCUUAUCAAUGACAGAUUGGCGUCUGGAGGGCAGGCGGCUGCCACUGACUGAAGAUGCAUGGGUCAAGGAGUUCGAGGAAUACAAGAAGUAUCCGGAGUACCAGCGACUGCAUGCUGGUAAAAUGGAGAUCGACGAGUUCAAGCGCAUCUACUUCGUAGAGUGGUUCCAUCGUAUGUGGGGACGGACAGCUGGUCUUCUUUUUGCUUUGCCGCUGGGUUACUUUGCUGCCCGUGGCGUUUUGCGCGCUCGGCUGGGUGCACGACUGACGGGCUUGUUCGGCCUGGGACUGUCUCAGGCCUUUGUCGGGUGGUGGAUGGUUCGAAGCGGCUUGGACCCGCCCGAGACGCAUACGCCAAGUCUGGGGCAGCACCAACGACCCCGUGUAUCACCAUACCGCUUGGCAUCACACUGGACUGCUGCCCUGACCAUCUAUGCUGGAUGUGUUUGGAACACGUUUAGCUUGUUGAGACCAAGCCCUGCAGCGAUCCAUGGCUGCGCGGAUGCAGUUGCAGCUGCAACCAAAGUUAGGAUGGUGGCGAUUCCCGCCACGUCCGUGGUGCUUCUCACUCUCCUGAGCGGUCCCUUUGUGGCCGGCAAUGACGCGGGACGAGCAUACAAUACCUGGCCGAAGAUGCUGGACGACUGGGUUCCUCCAGAAUGGUCAGCUGUAGCGGUCGAGCCACUAUGCCGGUGGCGGGCAUUCUUCGAGGAAACACCGGUGGUUCAGUUCAACCACAGGAUGCUGGCUUAUCUCUCGGUUGCCUCAUCAAUCGGAGUUUGGGCUUACUCCAUGCAGCUGCCAUUGUCCGCAGCUGCUGCAAGUGCUACCAGCUUGUUGCCGAUCAUGACGGCAGCGCAGAUGUGUUUGGGCAUUGCGACCCUGAUGCUCUACGUUCCAAUUGAGCUGGGAGUCGCCCACCAGGCUGGAGGGGUCGCCGUGCUGACGGCGCAGCUUUUCGUCUUGCACACGCUACGGACACCUUUGCGGAUUAUCUAG